AUGCAGUCGGGUCGACAAGCCCCCAACCAGCCUCCCGUGAAAAUCUACAAUGCGGUCUACUCGUCAGUACAGGUAUAUGAGUGCAUGAUCAGAGGGAUUGCUGUCAUGCGCAGACGCGGCGACUCGUUCGUGAACGCGACCCAGAUCCUCAAGGUAGCAGGCGUUGACAAGGGACGGCGGACGAAGAUCCUUGAAAAAGAGAUCCUUCCAGGAAAACACGAAAUCGUCCAGGGUGGGUAUGGCAAAUACCAAGGUACCUGGAUUCCACUUGAAAGAGGUCGGGAUAUCGCUUUGCAAUACGGCGUUGCUCCCCUGCUAGCGCCCUUGUUCGAUUUCACACCCAGCACCAACUCUCUUGCUGCUCUUCCAGUAUCGACUCCUAAUAUCAAUUCCGUAUCGCCCAGACCUCUCUCUGCAUCGUCAUCGUACUCGUCUAUACCGUCUAAUACGGCAACGAACAACUAUAUGGCAGGGAUGCCGUCCGCGCUUGCUCCGCCUCCGAUAAUGCCAGGCUCAGCUCUUCGACUGCUCAAUCAAGGUCGCGCCCAAGGACUUUUCACACCUUCAACCUCUGCUGUUUCUGCAGCAAGACCUGGCUACAAGUCGCCCAAUACCUUCUCACAGUCUCCGUUCUCACAAACGCCCCCACCAUCGUCACAACCGCUGAAACGAAAUCGUUCGGAGGAUGCACAUACAGAAGCAAGCGCUCCAGAACCUCAAGCAGCUACCGAAGACGGACCAUCGCCAACGAAACGCGCUCGAAAGGACCCCACACCUCCCGCACCUGCCCUAGAUAAACGGCUAGUCCGUCUCGCCACCAAACCAUCUAUUCCACGAAACAUUGAUCCUUCCAUACCGUUGAAAGAUACGCGUCGCGCUGCCGUUGUCGCCUCGAUAUGCCAAUCUGAUGCCCCCGCACCCGUCAUGGCUCUAUUAAGUGACAUUGCUCCCAUACCUGGUUCUAAUUCGAUCGAAGUCGAUACCAUUCUCGACAACCAAGGUCAUUCUGCCUUGCAUCUUGCAUGUUCAUUGUCGCGCCUUUCUACUGUUCAAGCACUUCUCCAAUCUGGUGCAGACGUGCAUCGCGGCAAUCAUCUUGGAGAGACUCCGUUGAUACGAACAAUCCUUUCCACGCAUUCGUAUGAUGCACAAUCCCUUCCACAGCUGCUUUCUUAUGGACUCUCACAAUCUAUCAUGACUUUGGACACAUCCCGGAAGAGCGUUCUUCAUCACAUCGUCGCGCUAGCUGGCGUAAAGGGCCGUGCGGUGGUAGCGCGGUAUUAUCUGGAUCAGAUAUUCUUAUGGAUUGCGAAGGAAGAUGGAGGCGAUUUUGCUAAAAUUGUGGAUUUACAGGAUGAGCACGGUGACACAGCUCUCAACAUUGCGGCCCGAGUAGGCAGUAGGACGUUGGUUCGCACGUUGGUUGACGUUGGCGCGGACAAGAUGUUGAUGAACAAGUUGGGCCUUAAGCCGGGCGAUUUUGGCGUCGAAAGCGAGGAGCUGAGUGGAGGACCCAAACCCGAAGACAUCCUUGCGACGCUACGAUCGAUACCUCCCGUACCUGUGCAGAAGUCUCAAGAUGUUAUUGCGGACAUGACCCACAUGAUACAAUCGUUGUCUACAGAGUUCCAGACAGAGAUAAAGAGCAAGCAGGACGCGUUGGAUGUGACGCAGGCCCAUCUACGUGCUGCGACGCGUGAACUGAGCGAACAACGAAAACAAAUACAAAUGUGGCAGGGUCGUUGUGCCGAGCUAGACAUGUUGGCCCAGCGUGUACGGAAUGUGGAGCAUGCGAUUGAGGAUGAGGUGCAGUUCGACUGGACGGGUCGUGGUGGCGAGAGUGAAGGAGUGGAAGACAAGAGCCCAGCGUUCCGCUACAGAGGACCUUCGUCCACGAUGACCGGGACUCAAGCUCCGGUCGUCACUAUCGACGUGGAUCCGCCCAUGCCUGCUGGAGAUUCUGUUGCCUCGUUGAUCAGACUGAGGCGGUUGAAGAUGUGGCAUGAGAAGAUGGAGGAGAUAACGGAGCAACGAAUGAAGGGGUUGAGAGGCGCGAGUGCAGAAAAAGAGUUCAUGUGCCGAAAAAUUGUUGCACUUUGCACAGGCAUUGGUGUUGACAAGGUUGAGGACAUGCUUGAUAGUUUACUUGUUGCCGUAGAAAGUGAAGCUCAGGUCGUUGAUAUCGGUCGCGUGUCGGGAUUUAUGCAAAAGGUACCGGACAUCUCCUUCUUCACUUACUCAUAA